AUGAGGCUGAGGAAUGUCGUUGUGUUUUGCCUCUUAUGUCUAAUGGAAGUGUCAUCUGGUGGCAUUUUCGACAUCUUCAAGUUCCCCAACAAAGACAGCACUCACCCCGACGAUUUGCACGUCGGCAACCGGGUUCGAAACCGACUCAACCUUUUCCGUCAACCCGUUGAAUUCGCCAUCGACAUUGCAAUCCCAUUCGACGUGUCCAAUUUCGGCACGGGUUCCCUGGCCCACAUUCCAAUGCUGACCAUGAUCGUGGGUCUGGCUUCUUUUUUCUUGCUUCUCGGAGUAUUGGCCACCCCGUUUCUGGCUCUGGUUGACAAAAAGACCAAGAAGUGGAAACGAGACACUACUAGUGAUUGUGAUGAUGACGAUGGGCCAGAAACACCAGCGGGAAUGACUCUGGGCUAUUUGCGCAAACUGCGCAGUUUGGACGUGGAGGACGGAUUUGGGUUCAUGGGGUUGUCCGGUGAAGACGACGGUUACAGCAUCAGCAGUGGGGACGCUGAAGAGAAUCUGGAUUGCAGAAAAUAUGUGAUUUGCGAAGUGCAUCGGCAUUUUCACGUUUUGCCGGAUUGGGCGCUGAAAGCUGUGAAACGAAUGAGGAACAUGGCCAAGUACAAGGAAGCUAUUCAGGCUGGAUUUGAGCUGGAGGAUUGUUGGAGAACCUUCCACGGAUGCCCAAAAGAUUUAGGCCAAAUCGACGCUUCUUUGCCAAUGAAGAUCAUGAGGCGAAGUUGA